AUAUUUUCGUGAAAUGUUCAAAAUGGACAAAAAGAUAUUCUUGUUUACCUUUGACAUCGAGACAGUUUGAUAAUCAUUUGUUUUUAGGUUGGAUUGAGUCUUGUUUACGAUUGACCUUAUUGGAAGAUGAUUUUAUCAAUUGUGACAUUGUGUUUACUUUACAUUGGAGCUGAUGGACAAGAAAGUCCAAAAGUGGUUCCGUUUACAUCAUUGGUAAAAACAGUGAUAGGAAGUAAAACUUCAUUUACGUGUCAAAGUCUAACAGGCUCAUCGCCAUUGGAGAUAAUUUGGUUUAAAGAUGGAAAGAAACUUUUCGAUUCACCAACAAUUAAAAUUCGAACUAAUGAAGAUGGAUCCAUGUUAAUCAUAACUUCAAUUUCUUCAAUGCACUCAGGAAAUUACACUUGUUCCAUCUCCAAUCCUUAUGGACAAGAUUCUUUUACCACUGAGCUUCUUGUCGAAGGUGCACCAAAUUGGAUCGAAAAACCUCAAGAUACAAAAAUACAAUUACAUGAAACCCUAAAAUUACAAUGUUCCAGUUCUGGUUAUCCUAAACCUAAAGUGAUUUGGAAAAAAUUCAAAGAUUCUUCUUGGACCAAUUUCUCCUCUGAUUACCUUUCUGGUAGUAAUUUAAAACAAUUCGACGAUGAAUUGAUCAUAACCAAUGUUUCUCGUGACCUUAAUGGUAGAUAUGGAUGCUCGGUAUCAAAUGGAAUUGAACCUGAUCUUUGGUCAGAGUUUAAUGUUGUUAUCGAAGGUAUUAAUAUAUCUCAGAGAUAAAUCUCAUUCUAUUCUGAUAUUACUUGAAAACGGCGCUUUUAUGGUUAAGGCAGACAAUUUGUCUAUUAGGACAAUGAUAUUUUCGAGAAGAGUAUUUUGUUCAUUUUCAGGAAGUAUUAGAUCAUCUAGUCUAUUGGGAAGUUUUAUUUCAAUAAUCAUGUUAAUCUUCAUAACAUUCAUUUGUUUGAAUUCUAAUUUUCUCUUGAUAAGUGGACAAGAAAAACCAAAAGUGAAUCCUUUCGGUCCAUUUAUCAAACCAGUGAUCGGAGGAAAAACAUCAUUUACUUGUCAAAGUCUUUCAGGAUCACCCCCUCUUCAUGUAUCUUGGUUCAAGGAUGGAAAUGAAUUGACUGAUUCAGUAU